CAAACUGCUGCAAAGAGGGAGAAGAGAUCAUGUCGCACCAGAAGAGAAUUUACGAAGGAACCUCUUAGAGGAAUGGGAAUGGCAGACACAGCUGUCUUGAUCUAUAUUCUUUCAUUUCUUACUUUCUGAAAAUAAGAUUUUUGGUGACUAUAUAAUAUUCUGUCCUGUGAAUAUUCCAGAUGUACCUAACUAUUCCAACAAUGAUCAACAGUUAACAUGUCUUUGAUCUUCACUAUUCUAAAUAACAGUGAGGUGAGAAGCCUUCUAAGUUGCCUGAAUCUUAGGUAAAACUUUUUGGAUUUCUGAAAGUUGAAUUACUACAAAGGUGGCAAUCUUGAUAGAGUCUGCCAAAUGAACUUUCAGAAAGGGUUUUAUGACUUUAAAAUAGGAGUAAGGAUUUUAACUUGUUAUAGUUAGCUUAGUAGGAACCACAGGGAAAUCUAUACCAUAUGCUAGAAAUACUUAUAGGAAAUAUUUGCUUUUAAGAGAUGCUCUCACAUAAUGAAUUCAGUGCAUUUUACAAAUGAAGAUGAUAGGGAAGAUUACAAGACAGCAGUGUGUAUUUUGAGUGGGAGGAAUACACUGGGGGGACAGACUUGAAUUGGAAAAAUUAUGCAUUUAAAUAUAUAGAAAAAGGAAUGAAAGGCAUAUUAAGCUAUACAAAUUCAUUCCUUAUCUUUAGCCUUUAGUGAAUAUUACAUUUUAUGCAGUUGAACCUUUAUGUACAUAUUUGGUAUCUCUCAACUAUUAAUUGAUAAAGCUAUUACCAUUUUGUGAUCUGCAGAAGAAUUCCCGAGGCCAGUAUCCUAGAUGUUAGACUUUUCCCUUUGGUAGAAUUUUUUUCCCUUCAAAUCUUUGUUGUUGGGAUAGUUUUGGAUAAUACCCUAUGAAUACCUUUGUGUGCUCAUUUUUAAAAAGUCAUACCAUUGAAAGAUAUUUCCCAAAAUGGAACUGUUGAUUAAAAGAUAUGAACAACAGUAUUGCUUGCUUAUAUACAGCAAGAUACUGUACUCCACUAACAUUAUUAACUUUGCACGUUUGUAUCGCUGGUUCUCGCGUCUUUCCAUUUUCCAUCCUCUCCACGAGGUAGCGAAGCACAAAUGGCUGUGAGCCCAGCGCAAAGUAUAAUAAAAGCUCAAUAAAUACUACUGGAUUAAUCUUUCCGUACCUGUCGGCUUGAUUUUUCUCCAGAUUUUUCUCCCUCAGUCUCUUCGCUUUGUUUUUUUCGGAAACUAAUUCAUUACCUUCAAUCGGCAAUUUCAGGUAAAGUAAUUUUGGACAGAGGCAACAUUUUACUUCCCAUUCUGGAAACUUAUUUGCCCAACUGCCGUCUGAGGAAGCCAAAUUCAAAGCAGUCACUGCCAGCUGAGCUGACACCCGGCUGCCUCCUCGGGAAGGAAACGUUUUCUUGAAAACUUUCUAAGCCAGUCAACGUGGGCAGAUUCCGAAGAAAACGAGAUGGCCGCGCGUUUCUGUCAACCAAUUCGACGCUGAGUGGCAGAAAUUCUAUGAAGGGGUAAAUGUCCCGGGAAUAUUUUGCAUCUCACUAGCUUGGGGUUGCAGCUUGGAGUUGAUGCCUUCUCCCAGGCCCCGACAGCUACGACAGGUGCGAAGCCCGCCCGGGAGGAGCUUCUGCCUUCCGAGCUGAGCCACAGGUCGCGCAGGGGAACGUCUAUUCCGGGAUGUCUAGUUGGCGCCUAGGCGCCUGGCUCCCGCACACCUCAGUCCGCCAACCCGCGGGUCCGCAGUCGCCGCGCCGAGGCCGGGAGGCGGCUGGGGGCGGGGUCGGCCACGGCGUCACCACUGACGUAGCCGCCCCACCGGGCCGCCGCCGCCGCCGCCGCCGCCGCACCGGGGAGCGGGGAGCUGGGAGCGGGGCGCGGGAGACGAGUGCUAAGAUGGCCGCUCAGGCUGGGGCUGGUGAGUGUGCGUGAGGGGCGCGCGCGGCUGCGGCGGUUGGCGGGCUGAGGCUCCCUGCGGGAGCGGAGGUCCGACGGGAGCCCCCAGGGCCGGGAGGCACCUGGCGGAGUUUUCCCGCCGCGCCGGGCGCAGUGGAGUUCCUGAGGGAGGGGAGACAGGGUUGCGGACAGACUCAGGGGAGCGAGCCGAGGGGCGCGUGGAGGAGGAGGUGGCUGCAGCAGCGGCGGCAGGUCCGGCGAAUUUAGAAUUGGCGCCUCUGGAAAGUUAAGUUUUCAGAUGCUUCAAGUGUUGUCAACAGAGAGUUGUUUGGAUUAUGUAUUCCUCAGCUAGACUAAAUAAAUGCUAACAAUGGAUAAGUGCCAACACAUUGGGCAGUUGCGGCUUGCUCAGGACCAUUCCAUCCUCAACCCGCAGAAAUGGCAUUGUGUGGACUGCAAUACAACUGAGUCGAUUUGGGCUUGCCUUAGCUGUUCUCAUGUUGCCUGUGGAAGAUAUAUCGAAGAACAUGCACUCGGGCACUUUCAAGAAAGCAGUCAUCCUGUUGCAUUGGAGGUGAAUGAGAUGUAUGUUUUUUGUUACCUUUGUGAUGAUUAUGUUCUUAAUGAUAAUGCAACUGGAGACUUAAAGUUACUACGAAGUACAUUAAGUGCAAUCAAAAAUCAAAAUUAUCACUGUACCACUCGUAGUGGAAGGGUUUUACGGUCUAUGGGUACAAGUGAUGAUUCCUGUUUCUUACAUGAUGGCACCCAAUCUCUGCUUCAAAAUGAAGAUCAAAUGUAUACUGCUCUUUGGCACAGGAGAAGGAUACUCAUGGGUAAAAUCUUUCGAACUUGGUUUGAGCAGUCACCCAUUGGAAGAAAAAGGCAAGAACAAUUUCAGGAGAAAUUAGCAAAAAGAGAGGUAAAGAAAAGACGACAAGAACUAUUAGAACAUCAAGCUAAAGCAGAAUUGGAAAGUAUGCCUCCCAGAAAGAGUUUACGUUUACAAGGUCUAGCUCAUUCCGCCACAGUAGAAAUAGUUCCUGUACAGCUGCAAACCUCAGCACUGCCAGCAAAAGAUAAAGUAGUAUCUACCUCAGAAGAUGUAAGAUUGAAAAAAGCUAGUGACUCCUCUGUUAAACAAAGGCCAACAGUAACUCCUGGUGUAACAGGACUGAGAAAUUUGGGAAAUACUUGCUAUAUGAAUUCUGUUCUCCAAGUAUUGAGUCAUUUACUUAUUUUUCGACAGUGUUUUUUAAAACUUGAUCUGAACCAAUGGCUGGCUGUGACAGCUAGUGAUAAAACAAGAUCAUCUUAUAAGCAUCCUCCAGUUACAGAUACAGUAUAUCAAAUGAAUGAAUGUCAAGAAAAAGAGCCCUACUCUGUGCGCUUCAGACAUCCAAGUUUAUCAUCAGGACUAAGUGGCGGAGCACCAACGAGUAGCAAGAUGGAACUUAUUCAGCCAAGGGAGCCAAGUUCACAAUACAUUUCUCUUUGUCAUGAAUUGCAUACUUUGUUCCAAGUAAUGUGGUCUGGAAAGUGGGCCUUGGUCUCACCGUUUGCUAUGCUACACUCAGUAUGGAGAUUAAUUCCUGCUUUUCGUGGUUAUGGCCAACAAGAUGCUCAGGAAUUUCUUUGUGAGCUUUUGGAUAAAAUACAACAUGAACUAGAGACAACUGGGACCAGGUCACCAGCUCUUAUCCCUACUUCUCAAAGGAAACUUAUCAAGCAGGUUCUGAAUGUUGUGAAUAACAUUUUUCAUGGACAGCUUCUUAGUCAGGUUACAUGUCUUGAAUGUGACAACAAAUCAAAUACCAUAGAACCUUUCUGGGACUUGUCACUGGAAUUCCCAGAAAGAUACCAAUGCAGUGGAAAAGAUAGUGCUUCCCAGCCGUGUCUGGUUACUGAAAUGUUGGCUAAAUUCACAGAAACCGAAGCUUUAGAAGGAAAAAUCUACGUGUGUGACCAGUGUAAUUCAAAACGUAGAAGGUUUUCCUCAAAACCAGUUCUACUCACAGAAGCACAAAAACAGCUUAUGAUUUGCCACCUACCUCAGGUUCUCAGACUCCAUCUCAAACGAUUCAGGUGGUCAGGACAUAAUAACCGAGAGAAGAUUGGUGUUCAUGUGGGCUUUGAAGAAAUCUUAAACAUGGAGCCCUAUUGCUGCAGGGAAUCCCUAAAGUCCCUCAGACCAGAAUGUUUUCUGUAUGACUUAUCUGCUGUGGUAAUGCACCACGGGAAAGGAUUUGGCUCAGGACACUACACUGCCUACUGUUACAAUUCUGAAGGAGGGUUCUGGGUACACUGCAAUGAUUCCAAGCUAAGCAUGUGCACUAUGGAUGAAGUAUGCAAGGCCCAAGCUUAUAUCUUGUUUUAUACCCAGCGAGUUACAGAGAAUGGACAUUCUAAACUCCUGCCUCCAGAAUUCCUGUCUGGUAGCCAGCAUCCCAGUGAAGAAGCUGAUACCUCUUCUAAUGAAAUCCUUAGCUGAUCCAAAGACAGUGGGGGCUUUCUUCUUGUGAUUUGUAUAUAUACUUUUUAAAAGGGCUGACUUGACAAUUUGGGGCUUCACUGUUUUUAUUUUUACUUACUAAUCAGU